GGAGAGGUAGGAGAUAAAUGCAAUAAGGAGGCCAUACUCUUAACGGAACUGAAAUCUGAUAAGAUCUCUGCAGUGUUCUUAGGCAACCUCUGGAGGAAUCCAGCACCCACGGAAUGUCUCCUGCCACCCCACAGCACAUUCCUGGAGCUUCAAUUUGGAGGUCCAGAAAUGCCCUUGGUGUGUUUGACAGACUUUCAGGCCCAUGCACGGGAGCGGCUGUCUAAAUCAACAUGGGAUUUUAUCGAAGGAGGAGCAGAUGCUUGCCUCACGCGGGAUGACAACGUCGCAGCAUUUAAAAAAAUCCGCCUCCGUCCCCGGUACCUGAAAGAUGUGUCAAAGGUGGACACGAGAAUCACCAUCCAAGGCGAGGAGAUCAGUGCCCCCAUUUGCAUCGCACCCAUGGGUUUCCACUGCCUCGCCUGGCCUGACGGAGAAAUGAGCACAGCCAGAGCUGCCCGAGCAGCUGGCAUCUGCUAUGUCACCAGUAUGUAUGCCAGCUGCAGCCUUGAAGACAUCGUUGGUACUGCACCUGGGGGCCUGCGAUGGUUCCAACUGUAUGUGCAUCCAAACCGGCAGCUAAACAAACAGCUGAUCCAAAAGGUAGAAUCCCUGGGCUUCAAGGCUCUGGUAAUCACUGUGGAUGUGCCCAAAAUUGGCAAUAGGCGACAUAACAUGGCAAACCAAGUGGACUUGCAGAAGACCUUACUCCUGAAAGACCUUGGAUUGUCUGCAAAGGGAAAUUCAAUGCCCUAUUUCCAGAUGUCCCCCAUUGACCCAUCCAUCUGCUGGGAUGAUCUCUCCUGGUUUCAGAGCAUGACUCGUUUGCCCAUCAUCCUUAAGGGGAUCUUGACCAAAGAGGAUGCAGAGUUAGCUGUGAAGCACAAUGUCCAUGGCAUCAUUGUUUCCAACCAUGGUGGGAGGCAGCUUGAUGAGGUUCCUGCUUCUAUCGAUGCCUUGUCCGAAGUGGUGGCUGCUGUGAAAGGGAAAAUUGAAGUGUACCUGGACGGAGGGAUCCGAACAGGCAAUGAUGUGCUAAAGGCCCUGGCCCUGGGGGCUAAGUGCGUGUUUGUGGGGAGGCCGAUCCUGUGGGGGCUUGCCUGCAAGGGUGAACACGGUGUUGAGGAAGUUUUGAACAUUUUAAAGAAUGAGUUCCACACUUCCAUGACCCUUACAGGCUGCCGGUCGGUUGCCGAGAUCAAUCGGGACCUGAUCCAGUUCUCCAGAUUGUGAAGACAGAGACAGCUCCUCCUCUGCCCCCUCUGCCACUCCACCCCACCCCUCAUCUUCCUCAGAUGAGCCAGGCUCCUCUUGGCCUCCCUGCCGUGUACAUGCCGUGCUCUUGCCUGAAAUCCUCCUCUGAAAGAAAAGCUUUUAAAAAGGCAGAUCAAUAAUGACUGGAAUAGCUA